AUGAACACCGAUCACCAGGUUCAUCUCCCUACUGAGAUUGUACUUGAGAUUGUUCGCUUCGUUGCCGCCAACGACGAUGAAGAUCGUCAGGGUACUCUGUAUGCCUGUUGCUUGAUAUCACGACAAUGGUAUUCUGCGGCCGUCGCCUUCUUAUAUGAAGAUCCGCGGCUGGACGUCGGUCAGGCGUUCCAAAAAUUUACAACGACCAUCUGCCCUUCUAUCAGUGCCCGACGGAGCAAGCUGAACUUGGGAUGCCUGGUCCGCCGCCUGGACCUCGGCAGACUCGUCCACCACAGCUCCAACAGUCGGACUGCCCGGUUGCUGGGGAGGGUUAAGGAGAACCUCGAAGUCUUCAUUGCUCCAAGAGUAUCAUUCUCAGUGGCUAGUAUCCCCGCGUUGUCGAAAUGCCUCAAACUACGCCAUCUUGACCUUGCCCUCGUGGGCGAUCCGAUUCCCAUCACCCUGCUUGAAAAGUCAUUGCGCAAUCUCCACCAACUCAUUAGCCUGCGACUACCGCAGUUCACCUCCUUCACUGUUCCCGAGGAGACCCAGCUUCGACUGCCACCCCACCUCGAGCGGCUGCAGAUCAGCGGCAGCUUCUCACAGUCCACAGUCUCGUUCUGCUCCUGGCCGAGCAGCCUCAAGAGCCUAACGCUGCUGAACUGCGUCGAUCUCUCCGUGAGCUCGCUCGGAGCCAUUCUGAGCACACCGUUACUCAGCGACACGCUGAAAAGUUUGACCAUCUCAUAUGCGAACCGCGGCCUCCAGCCCGAAUCUAUCACCAUGAUCCCCGUCUUCUUACCCGGCCUGCUUCUUCUCAACGUUCCCGGUGACCUGGUCGAAGAGAGCUUCUUCGACCUGCUCAACACCCUCAGCCCCCCCGUCGCCCUGCAGACCCUUGAACUUGACCACCCCUGCAGCGACCCCAGCCUGAACUUCGAGGCCUCUUCACUCCUAACUGCGCUACAUCGCGGCCUCUCCAAUCUGCUCUCGAUAGGAUUCUCACAGACCUUUGUCACGGAUCAGACCUUCCUUGAGCAUGAAGACAUUGACGAUGUUCUACUGCAACGGACGACAGAGAAUUCUUCGCUUCUGCCUGGUGUAUACUACUUUUGA